AUGUUAGGUAAAAUUGACUGCAUUAACGGUGAAGAUGAGCGAAAAUGUUUUCAACUUGAAACAAAUGAAUGUGAUUUGAAAAGUGAAUAUCGUUGUUCAAAUGGUCAAUGUAUACCUGAAGCAUUUUUUUUCGAUUCAUCAGUCGAUUGUCUAGACGGUUCUGAUGAACAUCCAUUUCGAAAUACUAGCUGUCCAAAGGACCCAUUUUAUUUUUGUGAAGAUUUUGUAAAUUCUAUCGGUGAAUUUUCAUGUGGUGAUGGACAAUUUUUAUCAUCCAAUGAACCAUUGUACUUAAAAUCAGUUUUUGAUAAUUGUCUUAAUGGACGAAACAUAUUGUAUUCACUUGAACUCUAUUCUUACAAAAAUUUAAAUAAAAAUAUGAGUGAAUGUUAUAAAUAUGUUCAAUGUGCAUUAAAAUCAUUAUUAUUUUCAUCUAUUAUCAAUUGUGUAGAUAUUUGUAUGGGUUGGAAUCGAUAUUGUGGUCCAGCAAUAAAAAAUUUAUGUCCAUCUUUUAUUGUUUAUCCCUUACAGCCAAUAUUAGAUAGUCACGUUUAUUUUGUUUAUACACCAGAACAUUUUUUAAAUGUAACUGAUAUUUCUUAUGAAAAUUAUUUACCAGAUUAUAUAUGUUAUAAUUUCUCAUAUUGUUCAACGUUUAUACCAACAGUUUAUAUUAAUAAUCGGACAUGUCGGUUGUCUAAUGAAUUUAAUUUUCGACAAAAAAUUUAUAAAAAUUGGCUCCAUCUUUUCAAUGAUUUAAGACAUGUAUUCAAAGCUUGUUUAGUUGCUACCGCAACUGUUUCACUCUUGCCAGUAUAUCAUUGUCCAAAUUCCUCAAAAUCUAUUUCUAAACAUCGUUUGUUCGAUUCCAUAAUUGACUGUCCCGGUAGUGAAGAUGAACAAGAAAAGAGUAUUGUUGAUGACAGUUGCUCAUUACGUCAUCGAUUUAAAUGUCGAUCAGAAGAUAAAUGUAUUCCACGACGAUUUCUAAUGGAUAGUUUCAAACAAUGUCAAGAUAGCUCAGAUGAAUCAUUUGGUGAAAAAUGUCAAAUAUCUGGAUCCUAUAUUUGUGAAUAUAUUCGAGGAACAUUACCAAUUGAGAAAUUAAUAACAUUUCCAAAAAUUUGUAAUAAACAAUUAGACUUGAUAAAACCAGAUGAAUAUAACGAAACAGACGAAACAGAUUGUAAAGAUUUACCAUGUAUUACACGAUAUACAUUGUGUGACGGUUUAUGGACGUGUCUAGAUGGAAACGAUGAAGUUGAAUGUCCCAAUACGUUUAGUGAUCAAUGUCGUAUGAAUAAUAUUUCUCAAAGCCAUUAUUGUGUUAACCCCACUAAUGGAGAAAUGGGCUGCUUGCCAAUUCAAUAUGCAGCUGAUACAUAUGUGCAUUGUCUUGGUGCAACUGAUGAACGAUACCAUUGUCAACAAGAAUAUCCACUUGAUUAUGAUAAACGAUAUAAAUGUUGGAAGUCAACUAUAUGUAUUAGUCCACUUCAGCUUUGUGACUGUAAUCCAGAUUGUCCAUUGCAAGACGAUGAAAGUGAUUUGUUGUGUCCAUGGGGUACAUACCAAUGUGAAUCGGAUUGGUAUCCAUGUUUAAGUGGAAAAUGGAUAAAUCGUAAAAAACGUUGUGAUGGUUUAUUUGAAGAAGACUGUCCUCAUGGUGAUGAUGAAUAUUUUUGUGAUUUAAUCGAUAAACCAUUAGAAAAAUAUUUCUCAAUUAGAUAUUUUAUUGCUUACGACGGCAAUAAUAAUAUCAGUUUGAUAGAAAAACAACAUCAGAAAAAACAUCAAAUUCAACAACAAAGUUUUUCUUCUUUGCCAUUCGUUUCACCAACAAAACUAGCAUGGUUUUGUCAUCGUGGAAUUUAUGUUCAUUCGUCAAAUUUAAAGAAAAAUUUUUCUUGUUUUUGUCCUCCAUCUUACUAUGGAGAUCGUUGUCAAUAUCAAACAAAACGUUUAAGUGUUUUAUUACAACUUCAAACACCAGCAACGUUUUAUCGUAAUUUAGUUUAUCGUCUUAUUAUUUCACUUAUUGAUCCUCUAAACGGUACAAUUAUAUCUUAUGAAGAUAUUUUAUAUACUCCCGAUUAUCAAUGUGUACCAAAGAUUUAUUUUAAUUUAUUAUAUUCACAAUUAUUAUCAGAUGACGAACAAUCAAAAUUUUAUGUUAGAAUUGAUGUAUACCGAUUACAUUUACAAGGCCAUUGGGAUUAUCGUGGUUCAUGGUAUUUUGAAAUAAAGUUUUCGUUUCUUCCAGUUAAUCGUUUGAGUACAAUUUUAAUUCUAACGGGCACGAAUCAAGAUCGUAACUGGAUAAGAGAAAAUUGUGAUUGUGGUCAACAUGGAGAAUGUAUUCAAUAUAUAAAUGCAAAUAAAUUUUUCUGUCAAUGUCAUCAAGGAUGGUCUGGAAAUAAAUGUAAUAUUGAUGAUAGUUGUCAUUGUUCUCCUGGAUCUUUGUGUAUUGGUCGAGGACGAAAAGAUAUUGAACCGAUAUGUUUAUGUCAGUUAGGAAGAAUAGGAUCACGAUGUUAUGUUCCAUAUUUAUCAUGUGAAAUGUUUCCAUGUCAAAAUCAUGGAACAUGUAUUUCUCUUGAUGACAAAAUGUGGCAACGUCGAUGUGUAUGUUCCGAAGAAUAUUUCGGUGAUGCUUGUGAAUAUAAUUCAUCACAUAUAAAUAUCAUAAUUAAUAAGUCAAUUUUUAAACCACCAUCAUCGAUACUGGUCCAUAUGAUAACAUUACAUGAAAAUGAACAACAUAAACAUACAUCUUAUUUGAAACAUAUUCAUUUAUAUCAACAAAAUUUGAUUAUCUAUCAUCCAACUCAUUUUUUACCACAAAUAGGUUUUAUAGAAAUAUUUGAUGUACAUAAAGAUAAAUCAAAUUAUUAUCUUUCAUUAUUACUUCUUGAUAAACCAAUGAAAAAAGAAUUGGUAUAUGUUAAACAACAUGAACGAUGUCAACAUAUUCGAGAAUUAUUCAAUGAUACAAUAAUUAAAUAUCAUAAAUUAAAACGUACAAAAUCUUAUUAUUAUUUAUGUGUAAAUAAAAUCAUUCAACCAUUUGAAUGUUUUUAUGAUGAUGAUGAUCAAAUGUGUUUUUGUAAUUAUUUACACCAGCUUGAUUGUUUUUAUUUUAAACAUAAUCAUACAGAAUGUCAUUCAGGUAUUAAUUAUUGUGAAAAUAAUGGAAAAUGUUUACAAAACGAUGAACGUUGUUCAAAAACGUCAAUCUGUAUUUGUCCAAAAUGUUAUUACGGAACUCUUUGUCAAUUCACAAUAUCUAGAUAUAGUUUAUCAUUGGAUGCUAUUAUUGGUCCACAUAUUUUACAAAAUACAUCAAUAAAACAUCAAUCUUUUGUAGUUAAAAUCAGUCUCGUUGUUGUUAUUCUCAUGUUUGUAUUUGGUCUAAUUGAUAGUAGUCUAUCAAUUUUAACAUUUCUUCAACCAAAAACAAGAGAAUAUGGUUGUGGUUUCUAUCUAUUAUUUUCAUCAAUUACAUCAUUAAUUACAAUGUGUUCUCUUAUAAUGAAAUUUCUCUAUCUAUUGUUAACUCAAAUAUGGAUGAUUAAAAAUCGUUAUGGUUGUAUUAUGAUUGAAUUUUCUUUGAAAUUUUUUCUAUCUACAAAUGCAUGGCUUAAUGCAUAUGUUGGAAUUGAACGUGCGACAAAUAUUCGAUUCGGUUUACAAUUCAACAAGAAACGAAGUAUAACAAUGGCUAAGCUUAUUACUUUAUUAAUCGUUUUUUUAAAUAUUACAUCUGCAAUUCAUGAUCCUUUCUAUCGUCGUUUGAUCGAAGAUUCUGUUGAACAACGAACUUGGUGUGUAGUCAGCUAUUCAUCAUCUUUCUUGAAGAUUUACGAUACAACAAUUGAAAUGAUUCAUUUUCUCAUUCCAUUUUCAAUAAAUAUUAUUUCAGCUCUUAUUAUUAUUAUUGGAACUACUACGAUAAAAUCGACAGUGCAGCAUACAACAAACUAUCAUCAACAAUUUUAUAUUCAUAAACAUUUAAUUACAAGCCCAAUUAUAUUAAUUUGUUUAGCCUUACCUCGUCUAGUUAUUUCUUAUAUUUCAACAUGUAUGGAACCAACUCGAGAUCCAUAUUUACUUUUAGCUGGCUAUUUCGUAUCAUUUGUACCGUCAGCAUUAACAUUUAUUAUUUUUGUUUUACCAUCACAAACAUAUAAACGAGAAUUCUAUAGAACAAUGAAAUCAAUACGUUUAUUUUUCAAACCUUCGCAGCAAUAA